CAAAAUUAUAAAUAAGCGCAAUUUCAUCAAAAUUAAACGCAUUUCUAAAAGAACUUUCAAUUCUAGAACAUCUUUUUAAGUUCUAAACUGCGUAAUUUCCUUAAAAAUUAAAUUUUACCAAUAAAUCAUCGCCAAAAACUCAAAAUUAAGGAAAAACUCACCCAUGGAACAUCUAGAAGUCGACUAUUGUAGUCUAAUACGAGCAAAUCCUGAUUUCAUCUUAAACUGGGAACAACAACAGAACUGGCCAACACCCUUUGGACACUUUCUCGUGCUAGAAAACGACCUGGAAACGCUGAAAAAUCUCGUGCAGGAACUCCCCGCCGCCUUACGUCAAGUCACAAGUUAUGACGAAACCGUUUUAUAUUUCGCCUUAAAAUUAGAACGCUACGAAAUUGCGCGAUAUUUGUUACAGUUGGAACGGCGCCAAGUAAUUUCUUUCUUGUAUGGGCAAGCAAAAGGAGGACAAUCACCGCUAACGAUCGCCUGUGACUCAUUCGACUGUCCCGGUGAUGUAAUUUACAAAUUACUUGAAAAUGGUCCCGUUUUUUCGCAUUUUGAACUAAAAUUAGCACUUUUGAAUGCAGUUAAGGCUCGAAAUGUCGCUGCAAUUGGACUUUUAUUGGAUUACGACGUGUUGAUGUUGAACGAGUUGCUCGACGAGAAAUCUGGAAAAUAUUUCAUGCACUUGGUUUUCGAUGGAAAAGUGAAUCAAAACGAAAUUUUUGACCACAUUUGGGACAAAUAUCGCGAAAAAGUCGAUUGGAGUGUCAUUGACGGGCAAAAAGCGACAAUUUUUCAUGCAGCAAUGCGAUCGACGUUGGAUGAAGCCAAAAAAUUGGAACUUUUGAGGAUUUUUCCGUCGUAUUUCGAGCCCGAGUGUCACGAUAACAAACAAAAUACGAUCCUUCAUGUCGCUGCGGCAUGGUGUGAACUGCCAUUAGUGCAAUUCUGCUGUGAAGAACUCAAAAUCGAUCCAAAAAUCAAAAAUCAUGACGACGAAAAUGCCUUAAAAGCGGCCGUUUAUCGUGCCUCGUUGGGACAAUGGGAGCUUUUCAACGAGAAAAUCACUUAUUUGAUCGAUCGAAUGUUCAAAAAGGACUUUUGCUUUGCGGAAAUCACGGAUUUGUUCAGUCUCACGUCACUGCAUCGCUUUUAUCAGACAAACAUGAAGCUCUAUCCACUUCUCAUCAACGCAUGUUACUUGGAUGAGAGAAAUUCCUUCAAAAGUGUCAUUGAAGAGUUUUUGGCGAUUUUUGCGGAUGCAGGAAGAUUUUACGAAAAAUGUCACUUUAUUUGCGUUUUUUUGCAUGACAAAGCGAAAGUUUAUCCGGAACAUCAAUCCAAUCGACGAGAAAUAAUUUUCGUCAUUGGUCAAUGUGUCAAACGAAUCAUCCAUUCGGAGAAACCUUUUGAGCCCUUAUUGAACGUAAUUCGAUCGUUGCAACAAAUUCCGAGCUUUACAAUCGAUUCGCAUGAAUUUUGUGAUUAUUUCGGGAUUUUGUACUACGAACUCUUCUUUGUCGAUGAAAAAAUCCUCUCCGAUGCCCGUGUUCGAACGAAACUUUUGGAAUUUUAUCUGAAAUUCGAUCAAUUAAACCUCAUUAGCUUCGAUGACAUUGUCGACUUAAAUUUAUGCAAAAUUUUGUUUCAACGAUAUUCGGAUCGGCAAAAGUUUAUUUUGAGUGAUGUGUUUCGCAUGCAACUGCAUCUCGCGAAUAACGUAACUCUGAGACGAAAAGGUGCCUUGGUGAAAUUUCCAGACGUGCAGGAUUUUCAUCUGAUCGAGCCAUUUUUGGGACAAAAGGAUUUUAAUCGAGUUUUUCACUCAGAGAAAAUAAUGUCGCUGAAAGGAAUUUGUAGAGAAAAUUGUCGUCGAUAUUUUUUGGGCGAAAAAAUCAAAGGAGCGGAACGAGAACGUGUGAUAAAGUCUUUGAGACUGCCAAAAGUGCUGGAAAAUUAUUUACAGUACAAAAAUUGAAUAAAAAAAAUUAAAAAUAUAUUUUU